UCUCAAGGAGAGAAAGGAGGACAGCAAUUACUAUAUCCAACACCCCUACAGCGACAGCAAUAAAGCGGCUUUCUCCUGGCAGUGUGUUAGCUAGCCAGCUGCUCCUCUCUCUUUCACUCUCUCUUUCUACCUCUCUCCAUCUCUCUUUCCAUCUCUCUCUCCCUCUCUGUCUGUCUCAUCUGUUAUAUGAUUGAUCCGGUGAAGGAUGCUGAAGUUCCGCGCGGACCGGAGGGUGAGCCAAAAUGACCCGAGCGGACCAGCUGGACAUCCAGUGAUCCAGAUCCAGCUGAAAGAGACCGGACCGAUUCACACCUACAUAACGAGCUGUGAUUUGGAGAUGAAUGGGAAUGUAGGAGGUGGAGGACCUGUGAGUUCACCCAGCGACAUUAACUGCAACUCCAACAGCACCACCAUGGUAUCAGACCUAUCCUCCCCAGAGUCUCAGACCCAGUCCCAGCCCUUCACACCACGGGCAUCUCGUACUCCAAAGAAAGCUGCUACGUUUGGGAAGCGUUCUAACUCCAUGAGGAGGAACCCUAAAGCUGUAGUAGCUAAGCAGGGCUGGCUAUACAAACAGGCCAGCAGUGGAGUGAAACAGUGGAACAAGCGAUGGUUUGUCCUGACUGACCGAUGCCUGUUCUACUACAAAGACGAGAAGGAGGAAGGAGUGUUGGGAAGUCUUCCUCUGCUCAGCUUUCGGAUCGGAGAAGUGCAGGUGUUGGAUAACAUCAGCCGCAAGCACGCCUUUAAGGCUGAACACGCAGGAACACGCACCUACUACUUCAGCGCUGAGACUGCCGAGGAACAGGAGGAGUGGAUCGACGCUAUGAACGAGGCUGCACACGUCCAGAUACAGCCUGCGCAGAGGACCACCAACUCCGAGGCCACCACGCCCACAGCGGAACUCCAUGGUAACACCUUGGUAACCAAAGGACCUGAACCACACACCCAGACACACACACACAUCGAGGACAACGGCCAGACGACUGACCUCCUAGACCCAGAGCGCGGAUCACGAGAACCCGCACAUCACAAGGUCAACGGGGUCGACGCCAUGGAAACGCCCCCUCCCUCCACCAGCCACUCAGAAAAGGAGGGGAGGAUGGGGGGAGAGAGAGGGGAGAGGGGGGAGAGAGGAGUGCUUGGACCUGGGGGUGCACCCCGUCACCAGCCCAAUGGGUGGGGCCCCUACGGCCCCCCAAACCAUGGAAACGGACCACCCCAGGGUAACGGGCGGCCACCCCUGGUACCUCCAGAGGGAGGGAUGAGAGAGGGGAUGAGAGAGGGGAGGGAGGUGAGGGAGCAGCCUGAGAAUGUGGUGCUGAGACGGGGUUUCGUGCCACGGACAAACCCUGAGAGACAGGCCCAGAGGAAGAGCUCCAUGACCCAGCUACAGCAGUGGGUCAACCAGCGCAGAGUCAUAGCUGUACAGGAGGACUUGAACAGUCCAUCUCAUUACUACACAGUGAACCGUGGCGUACCAGCUGACUACUACAGCGUCUACAGUAGCGUGGGGGGCGGUCCUGGCUACGUGGAGGAGUACCCCUUCUACCCUCCAGGCGUACGUCCUGACAGCAUCUGCUCCGUGUCAGCCGUGGGCUACGACCGCAUGGGCCCCCCUCGCUGGACCAACGAUGAGAAGAGACGCUCACUGCGUGACGGGCCUCUCUACGGACCCCCGCCCCCCCGAGACCCAUACGGCCCCAAACCCAGCCCUGCCUAUUACGACCAGAUGGAUGCAGCCCAGACCGCCAUGAGGCGUCUGUCCAUCCAACCUAGGUCUAGGUCCGUUCCCAGGUCCCCCUCCUCGUCCACGGGUGGUCCCUACUCUCCCAGCCCCCAUAGCUUUGCCUCGCCUAUCUGCUCACCCUCGGCCCGGUUUGACAGAGGACCAGGCAGGCUACGGGAGGAUGUGAUCUAUGCUGACCCCUCUGUGUAUGGACUGAGGAGAUCACUGAUCUCUCCUAAGGUGCCUCCGUUCCAUGACCCAUACAGGGAGCUUCACCCCACACUGAAACUCAACGAGAUUGAGACCAGCAAACUCUUGGGUCGUCUAUGUGAGCAGAACAGGUUUCUAAAGGACCAGGAGGCAGUUGUUCACAGGCUGAGAAUGGACAAGGACAGCCUAGAGGGAGCGCUGGUGGCCACACAUCAGGAGAUGGAGCUGUACCGGGGUCAGCCGCUGGUUGCAGACAAACUACAGCUGAAGAAGGAGACYCUGCAGAACCAGCUCAUCAACAUCAGAGGAGAACUCUCCCAGGCAUCCAGCGCUCUGACCACCACACGGAUGGAGUUUGAAGCUCUGGAGGACGAGGUCAACGCUAUCCAUGGGGACCUGUGGGAGCAGCUCAACGCAGGCGGGCAGAGUGAGAUGGUCCAUAGACACAUUCAGAAGGAGUUCUGGAGAGUUCAGGAAGUGUGGGAGGGACUCCACAAGAGCAACCUUUCCAGAGGCACAGACACAGCCAAACACAGGGUGGCCAGUGGGGCAUCAGGUUCCUUUAGCACCAAUAGUCCUGCCAGUCCCCUGAGUUCAGUAAGCCUCACCAGUCCACUCAGCCCCUUCUCCCCAGUGCCCGGCUCCCAGGCUUCCCCCACCAAACAGCUGGGUCCGGAGGACAUUGGCCCGCCACGGCCACCACUUCCCAAAUCCUACUGCCCCCUGGAAUCGCCCCCCUCCAUCCCCCCUCUGCCAUUUGACAGCUCCGCUUGGCCACGCAGCCUGGGCCUGGAGGAAGGUUACCUUGACGACGAAGAGUCCCACGGCAGAAAGCAAAAGUAUGGUUACCGACAGGAUGUGUCGCCGGGAGAACGGACCAAUAGCAACGAAGCUCAGGAGCUGGAUCAGGAUCGACAGGCCAACAUGAAUAAAGUGGGGAUUGUUCCUCCCAGAACUAAGUCUCCCAUGGAGGACCAGGGCCACUCCUAUGACCAUGGAAUCACCCGACGCAACGGAAAGGUGCCCAAUGGAAUCUCCAGGGAGCGCCCGAAGAGUGCAGUGUUCCCUGCUGAGGUGAAGUCCAAGAUGAGCAUUGAGGAGCAGAACGAGCGUAUCCGUAGGAACCAGAGCAGCUCUGUCAGGGACAAGAGACGRAGCCUGAACCUGGGUAGCCAGGCAGGCAACAACUACAGAGUGGUGAAGCGGAGGCUAACAGCCCAUGAGGUGGACAUCAAGGACCUGGAGGCUGCAGUACGGGGCGGGGGUUUGCAGGAAUCACCCCGGGAGGAGAUUGCUCGCCUCAGACGGUUACAGAUGGAACCUGACCACUACGACCUGGACAUCAGCAAAGAGCUUUGUGCUCCAGACAAGGUUCUGAUCCCGGAGCGCUACCUGCAUGUGGAGCCCAACACUCCUCUCAGCCCAGAGGAGCAGAAGGAGAAACAGAAGAAAGUAGAGAGGAUCAAGACUCUCAUUGCCAAAUCAAAUCUCCAGAAUGUGGUUCCCCUAUUGGACGGUCCUACUGAGGGGGGCGGUCGUCAUCACCAUGGCAACCCAGAGCAAAAAAUCCAGGAGCAGGAGAAGAGGAUCGAGAUCUCCUGUGCUCUGGCCGCCGAGGCCUCGCGACGCUCCCGCCUGCUCUCCGCCCAGUGCGCCCCCAGCCCCCCCGCCUCCCCGACCAACCUGGCCCCUCCCCCGUCCUCCACCGACUUCUCCGACUCCGUUCACAUCAUGAAGGUGUGAGUCUGUGAAGCUCAAGCUCUGGCUGCCGUCAAGUUUGACGGAGCGUCCUUCUGAGGAUCCACUGGAAUAUAAAGAAAAUGCCCAAAGAAACUGGUUAUAUUUACAAACUGGUUAAUCUCCCAGACCACCUGCCCGCCGGUGUAUAAACCCAAAUGACCUCCACAACAACACAACCGGAAACAUGAAGCUGUCACAGGAAGUUUGGGAAGUUGACCACCUGAGGACUUUUUCAAGGCAAACAGACUAUGAUGGAGGCCCACACCUCCCAACAGGAGGGGGCCUAUAACGGCACCCUCCACUCUCUCUCUAUCAUUCACCACACUUACACAAUUCUUCUUAGUCUAGGCCUGGCAGAAAAUAGCUUCUCUAUAAGGGCAGGUAACGCAAACUAAACAAAUGCAAAUAAAACACAAUGCUGUAAUUUUUUCACUAUUUUGGCGAUGAUGCGUUUGACACAGCAUUUGAUACUACUAAGCUAGCCAGAAACCAGAGGGUGUAUACAGCACUCAAACAUGCUCUCCUCCAUGCUACACUGACAGUGGGACUGUUUCGACAGUUUUCUCCGUUACUCAGCUCAGGAAAGGUGUAUGCUAUAGAGAGAUUAGAAGGACCACAGAGACUAGAAGCCCAGGACAGUAGAGUUCUGUGACUGAACGGUUCAGGAGGGGACUUAUCGUACGUGAUGCACGGAUCUCUGUUAAGAUGAAGAGGGAUUAGGACUGCCGGAGCUGGACUUCAGGAAGAGGGACUGGGGAGUGAGAGCUUCUUAUUGGUGCAGAGAGCAGUAGAACCAAUCAGAGGCUGAUGUUACAGUGUAACAGGAAAUGGUCACAGAGGAGGAGGCGGACAGAUGGUAGUUCAAGAGCCAUAAAGAGAGAUAUGAGCGGGAACAGUAACAUAACACAGGGUUUCCCAAACUCGAUCCUGGGGCCCCCCUGGGUGGACGUUUUGGUUUUUGCCCUAGCACUACACUGCUGAUUCAGGAUCGAGUUUGGGGAAACCCUGACACAACAGGAAAUGGCCUCUUCAGAGCAAUGUAGUUUUGUCUCUGAUUGGCCCCCAGGUCAUUGUUUCAAACUCAGUUAAACAGGCCUUGACCUUCGACUUCCUGGCGUCGUCUUCAGAGGCCAUUAGUGGGAGAGCUGUACUGUAUGAAAGCACCCCCCCCCCUCCCCCCUCCACUCAAUCCAGUGGUCGCAGGACACUGGUGUACAGCAGUGUUUGCAUGAGUCUCCCUUCGAUUCCUUCCAACACCUCUCAUCCCAGGUGAGGAACACAACUAUUGAACACCUAACCCACUGUGACGCCUGCCUCCCAACCCUUUCUCCAGGCUAGGCUACACCCCCUCUGUCCCCUUUCCCGUCCUACACCCAGGGCUGGCUGGGACCUAUAUGCGUAUGUGUGUGACUGCCUGCAGGAAGACCUAUCCUGCCUCACUCUGAAACCACUGUUAGUUCUCUGGUAACUGUGUGUCUUGAUGUGAGUACAGCCCACACACCAUUGGCAUUAAAGCCAUUGGACUCCUCUUAGUUCUCUCACUGCUAUAAGACCUUACUUCAGUGGUACAGUAUGUCAAUAGAUACAUGUGUAGAUAAAAUCUCUCUAUAUCUACAUUUAUAUAUAUAUAUACAGUACAGUAUAUAGUAUGUGGAAAGACGUCAGUAAAAGAAGUGACCUUAGAAUAAGUCUGCUAGUUGAAACACUUGUUUGUGUUAAGAUGGGCCAGCAACUUGCAUCACAGCCAACUUACAGUGUGUACAUAUCAGAAAGCUAAAUGCAUCCUACAUGUAUCAUAUCGCUAAUAUUAUACAGUGCUAUGUUGAAGACCGAACCUUUUUAGCAUAUAGAGGUCGUUUAUUCUGAUCAAUACGUUUUUACCUGUCAAAAUACAUCUAAUUAUUUUUCUAUGAAGCGUCACUUCUAACGUGAUCAACCACUUUGGGUGAGACAGAUAGAUAGACACAGAAAUAUAUAGACAUAUUGCUGURCUGGUCAGGGUCGGAGGAACUCAUAUAUUAUACACAUAUAUGACAAGUCACUCCACAUUCUAAGUGGAGGAUGUAUCGUGGUGCAGUUAUGUGCAACAUACUCGUCCUCCUCCUGUCCUCUAAUAUAAGUUGCUGACCCAUCCUUUGCAUUUUGGCUGUCUCUUAAUAAGGAACAUUUGUUUGUCAGUCGAUCACUGUUUAGUGUCUCCAGAUUUAACCUGUGGCCUCUGAAAGCGCAGUCCUUUUUUAUUUCUGUCUUCAUUCCUCCCUCACAAUCCACUCAUCUCUCCUUCUCUGUCUUUUUUCCCCCCAUUCCAUUCGUUUCUCCCCCUUUGUCAUAUUGGCUCAGAGGCAAUGCUGUGUCUGUAUAAGAAGAUAUCUUUCUUCAGACUCAAGCCACCGUGUUUGAAGGCAAGUUAAACAUUUGUGUACACAAAGCAGAUUAUAAAAAUAAAAAAAAGUCUGAAGAAAAUAGUUAUAUUUUUUGCUUGUUUGAGAAAGGGACAACUAAGGUCAAAAGAUGCAGUACAUAUUUUUUUAGACUCAUGGGUAUUUGAUGACUAAAAUAAGGUUUCAGCCGACAGGUUACAUUUUUAGCAUGUAAUCAGGAAUGUUUUGCGUUUUUCACAAUAUUGGGGGAAAAUGAUUAUUGCUCAAAUAUUUUUUUAAUUUGCUUUUAAGAUGUGUCUUGAAGGCCCUGGUUUAAAGAUGAUUUUGAAAAUAUUGGUAUUUUUGGAACAAUUGGCCUCAUAUGUGUUGAGAAACACAAAACAGCCAAAUACGGGGUGUCCAAUAUUUGAUAAAAAAUGUAGCAUUUAUGGCUAAUAAUGAUGUGGAAAGAUUUAGCACAUUGGUCUAUGUACAUAUUUCCCAUUUCAACUACGRAUAUCUUAAUAAUAACAUCAACUGUUGCUAUUUUGGCGAAAAUACACAAAAUGCUUGAACUAUGCAAAUAAAAAAGUAAAAAAUCAUAUGCUUGCUUUAGGAAAACCUUCUUGCAAUAAAGUGAAUGUAUACAAAUAUA